UUGCUUCUUCACAUGAACUUCUCGCGCACAGAUAGAGAGAGAGAGAGAGAAAGUAUAAAUAAAUACGGAGUACGUAUUUUUAUUGUUUCCUUGUCUAGUCUAGAGAGAGAAACUUCAGCGACCAAAACCCUACGAUCUGCAAUCUGCUCUCUCAUUCAUUCAAGCCGCCCCCUUUCCUGUCUUCUCUCCAUCUGCAUCACCAUGCACACACAUACAUAGAUAGAGAGAGCCCUCUGUUUUCACACUCCUUUAAAUACGCCUAUACCUAUGUCUGAUUUCCUAUUUAUAUGCACGCCCAUCUCAGAAUUUCAUUUUGGGGGAAAUCUUUCACCGGAAUUGCGCCUUCACUGAGGAUCACGACAUGGCGUCCCUCAGCAAAGAGCUUGUGUUUUUAAUACUCCAGUUUCUGGACGAAGAGAAAUUCAAAGAAACUGUUCACAGUUUGGAACUAGAGUCUGGAUUUUUCUUUAAUAUGAGAUACUUUGAAGAAAUGGUAUCAAAUGGAGAAUGGGAUGAUGUGGAGAAGUAUCUUGCAGGCUUCACAAAGGUCGAUGAUAACAGAUAUUCAAUGAAAAUCUUCUUUGAGGUCCGAAAGCAAAAAUAUCUUGAAGCUCUUGACAGGAAGGAUCAUGCUAAGGCUGUUGAAGUUCUAGUAAAGGACUUGAAGAUUUUUAAUACUUUUAAUGAAGACCUAUACAAAGAAAUUACACAACUUCUGACUCUGGAGAACUUUAGAGACAAUGACCAACUAUCUAAGUAUGGAGACACGAAGUCUGCAAGGAAUAUUAUGCUCGGUGAACUGAAGAAACUGGUUGAAGCAAACCCCUUGUUUCGUGAUAAACUAACGUUUCCAACCUUAAAGAACUCAAGGCUGCGGACAUUGAUCAAUCAAAGUUUGAAUUGGCAGCACCAGCUCUGUAAGACUCCAAAGACUAAUCCUGAUAUAAAGACAUUAUUUGUUGAUCAUACUUGUGGACAGUCACAGCCAAAUGGUGCUCGUGCUCCUUCCCCUGUUACCAAUCAUCUGAUGGGAACUAUCACCAAGUCUGGGGGAUUUCCAUCUCUAGGCUCUCAUGGUCCUUUUCAGCCAUCACCUUCGCCUCUGCCAGCAUCUCUUGCUGGAUGGAUGACCAGUCCAUCUCAACUUCCUCACCCUUCAGCUCCUGCUGGGCCCAUUGGUUUCACUCCACCAAACAAUACUGCAGCCUUAUUAAAACGCCCUAGGACUCCACCUACAAAUAAUCCACCUUUGGACUAUCAAACAGCAGAUUCUGAACAUGUGGCAAAGAGGUCACGUCCAUUUGGCAUUCCUGAUGAAGCUAACAAUAUGCCUGUCAGUAUUUUACCUGUUGGAUAUGCCAGUCAGAGUCAUGGUCAAAGUUCAUGUUCAACUGAUGAUUUGCCAAAAGCUGUCAUUAUGACUUUGAACCAAGGUUCAUCAGUCAAGAGUAUGGAUUUUCAUCCUCUACAACAGAUUCUACUUCUUGUUGGGACGAGCUCAGGAGAGAUUGUGGUUUGGGAAUUGGGUACUAGGGACAGGCUAGCCCACAAAAACUUCAAGGUUUGGGAUAUUGAAGCUUGUUCAGUAGCCCUGCAGGCUUCUAUGGCAAAAGAGUACUCUGCCUCGAUUAAUCGUGUAAUGUGGAGCCCUGAUGGAUCUUUAUUUGGUGUUGCAUACUCCAAGCACAUCGUGCACAUCUACUCAUAUCAUGGUGGUGAUGAUUUAAGAAACCAUUUUGAGAUUGAAGCUCAUAAUGGAAGUGUCAAUGAUAUCGCUUUCUCAUAUCCAAAUAAACAACUUUGCAUCAUUACUUGUGGGGACGACAAGCUAAUUAAGGUGUGGGAUACAGUAACAGGCACUAAACAGUAUACAUUUGGGGGCCAUGAAGCGCCAGUUUAUUCUAUAUGCCCACAUCACAAAGAAAGCAUUCAGUUUAUCUUCUCAUUGGCAACUGAUGGUAAAAUAAAGGCAUGGUUGUAUGACAACGCGGGUUCCAGAGUUGAUUAUGAUGCUCCGGGCCGUUCGUCAACUAUUAUGGCUUACAGUGCUGAUGGUACAAGGCUGUUUUCAUGCGGCACUAACAAAGAAGGGGAGUCCUUCCUUGUGGAAUGGAAUGAAAGUGAUGGAGCUGUUAAGCGAUCAUAUGUUGGUAUUGGGAAGCGUGCGGUCGGAGUUGUACAAUUUGAUACAACUAAGAAUAGAUUUCUAGCAGUUGGUGAUGAGUUCAUGGUCAAAUUUUGGGACAUGGACAAUGUGAAUUUGUUGGCUACUACUGAUGCGGAUGGAGGUUUACCCGCAUCUCCUUGUCUACGAUUUAGCAAAGAUGGAAUGUUAUUGGCAGUUUCAACUAGUGAAAAUAGCAUCAAAGUUUUGGCUAAUACAGAUGGUGCUAGGCAUUUACGACCAACAGAGACUCGUGCAUUUGAUGUUUCAAGAGUUGCCUCUGCUGCUGUGAAGCCACCUGUGAUGGGUAGUUUUGGUGCUCCCAAUGCAUCUGUUGCAACAACUAUUGUAGAUAGAGUGUCUCCCAUGAUAUCCAUUGUUCCGAUGACUAGUGAAAGUCGAACUUUGGCUGAUGCGAAGCCAAGAAUUGCAGAUGAGUCAAUAGAAAAAUCUAGGAGUUGGAAGUUGACUGAGAUCAACAAUCCAUCACAGUGCCGUUCUUUGAGACUUCCUGAUAAUUUGCCAGCUGCAAAGAUAUCGAGAUUGAUAUAUACUAAUACGGGAGUUGCCAUAUUGGCAUUAGCUUCAAAUGCAGUUCACAAACUCUGGAAAUGGCCUCGGAUUGAGACAAACCCUUCUGGAAAGGCAAAUGCUAGUAUAACACCUCAACUAUGGCAACCUGCAAGUGGAAUAUUGAUGACUAAUGAGAUCAGUGAGACAACCCCAGAAGAGGCAGUCCCAUGCUUUGCAUUGUCCAAGAAUGAUUCAUAUGUUAUGUCUGCUUCUGGAGGGAAAAUCUCAUUGUUUAAUAUGAUGACUUUUAAGACUAUGACGACCUUCAUGUCCCCUCCACCUGCAGCUACAUUUUUGGCAUUCCAUCCUCAAGACAACAACAUUAUAGCCAUUGGCAUGGAGGAUUCCUCUAUCCAAAUUUAUAAUGUUCGAAUAGAUGAGGUGAAGACCAAGCUUAAAGGACAUCAUAAAAGAAUUACUGGCCUUGCUUUUUCUAAUGUUCUUAAAGUACUUGUAUCUUCUGGAGCUGAUUCUCAGCUCUGUGUUUGGAGCACUGAUGCUUGGGAGAGGCAAACGAGCAAGUGCUUGCAAAUUCCAACAGGGCGUUCAGCUGCUUCACUUGCAGACACACGUGUCCAAUUUCAUCAUGAUCAAACUCAGUUGCUUGUAGUCCAUGAGACACAGAUUGCUAUAUAUGAAGCUCCCAAACUGGACUGUCGCAAGCAGUGGGUACCCCGAGAAGCAAGUGCAAUCACAUAUGCUACAUAUUCAUGUGAUAGCCAGUCUAUAUAUGUCAGUUUUGAAGAUGGAGGUGUAGGUGUCCUUACUGCUACAAAUCUCCGAUGGAGAUGUCGGAUAUAUCCUGCUUCAUACCUGCCUCUUGCUAAUCCAAGUGCGAGAGUCCACCCACUGGUAGUUGCUGCACAUCCAUCUGAUCCGAAUCAGUUUGCACUGGGACUAAGUGAUGGUGGGGUGGUUGUACUUGAACCACCCGAGUCUGAAGGCAAGUGGGGAACUUUGCCUCCAACUGAAAAUGGGGUUGGACCUACUUCCGUUUCUGCUAUUACUCCUUGUUCUGAUCAACCCCAUAGGUAGAUAGCAGCCCCCUGCCGGUCAAUCUCUUUAAGGCGUGCCAAGAAUAGGAAGAAGAAACAAAGGUGUAACUAAACUUCGGAUGGAUAUUUAGAUCGAGGUUAUGUAGAAAAGGUCUAGCUAUAGGUUUAUGGUGUUGGUUUUGGGGCUGAUGAAUUCUUGAUCUAUCUGGAAGGAGGGAUAUGGGCUAUCUACUGGAUAUAUGGUGUAAAAAUUAAGGUUCAUCAGUAUGCUUUGUAGGGGUGGUGGGUCUUCAGCCUUGGUCCAGUCUUUGUAACUUGAGGGGCAACUCUUUUUUUCUUCCUUCUCCAAGGUUUUGUAAAAUCCUGCUUCCUACUUAAUUGAUUCGUUCAUUUAUACGGAGUACUGAUAUUUCCAUUCACACAUAAAAAUGUCAUCUCCAACUCUAAUCAUAUCUUGCAAAACUCCAAAAUGUCGCGUAUUAAGG